UUGCGCAUGCGCACUGUGGGCUGUAGGUGGCGCAUGCGCAGUUACAAAUCUCCAGAAGCAGCAGCGGCGGUGGUUCGGCUCCUCGGUCCAGUCGUCCACGCAUCUAUCUUUAUUCCCUUUUCUUAAAUUAGCCCCUUUAAGCUUCGCGAUACCGCCCCCAAUUUCAGCGUCGGUACGGAGCCGUCAGGCCGGGACAGAGACGGAGAGAGAGGCCUCGGCCAUGGAAGCCCUCGGACCCGGCCCACCAGCCCCUCCCUCUCUGUUUCAGCCUCCGCGGCGUCCCGGCCUCGGCACGGUGGGGAAACCCAUCCGGCUCCUUGCCAACCACUUCCAGGUGCAGAUUCCCAAGAUUGAUGUCUAUCACUAUGAUAUCGACAUCAAGCCUGAGAAACGGCCUCGGAGGGUCAACAGGGAGGUGGUGGACACAAUGGUGCGGCACUUCAAGAUGCAGAUCUUUGGAGACCGGCAGCCUGGAUACGAUGGGAAGAGGAACAUGUACACAGCACAUCCACUGCCAAUAGGAAGAGACAGGGUUGGUAUCUUAAACACGUGAACCCUCCCCUUGUGUCCCAAACACAGACUAAUUCAUGUGAGGGAGAGAAAUCUGUCGGCUCGGAGGA